AUGCUUCGUCAAUCUCUUCGACGCCUGCCUGGCGCAGCGAAGAGCGCCGAGCACAUCGCCCGUGUCGUACCGUCCAGCGUUCGCCACCUGGCGACUCCAUCAGCCGAGCCGCCCUCCCCGAACGACCCGUUUGCGAAUGGAACGAAUACGUACUACGUUGAAGAGAUGUACAAGCACUGGAAACAGGAUCCGAAGUCCGUUCACGCAUCAUGGGAUGUAUAUUUUUCCGGCAUGGACAAGGGCCUUCCAAGCUACCAGGCUUUCCAGCCUCCUCCGAUCAUCUCCAAUGCCCCUGUGGGCACCCCGAGCCUCCAACCUUUGGGUGGUGCCGAACUAGAUGAUCAUCUGAAGGUUCAACUCCUCGUUCGGGCAUAUCAAGUUCGUGGCCACCAUGUCGCAGACCUCGACCCUCUCGGCAUUCUCGACGCUGAUCUUGCCAACGUCAAACCGCCGGAACUCGAACUUAGCCGGUACGGCUUCACCGACCGCGAUCUCGACAAGCAGAUCACGCUCGGCCCUGGCAUUCUCCCCAACUUCGCGACUGAUGACCGCAAGACGAUGACCAUUCGUGAAAUUAUCCAAACACUCAAGCGUCUUUACUGCGGUGCUGUGGGUUGGCAGUACAUUCACAUCCCGGACAAGGAAGAGUGCGAUUGGAUACGUGAACGCGUGGAAAUCCCGAAGCCAUGGAAUUACACCGUCGACGAGAAGCGCAUGAUCUUAGACCGUCUCAUCUGGUCCGAGUCUUUCGAGAAGUUCGUCGCCAGCAAGUUCCCGAACGAGAAACGUUUCGGACUCGAGGGUUGCGAGGCUCUUUGCCCGGGUAUGAAGGCGCUCAUUGAUCGCUCCGUCGAACACGGCGUAAAGCACAUCACCAUCGGCAUGCCGCAUCGUGGUCGUCUCAACGUCCUCGCCAACGUCAUUCGGAAACCCAUCGAGGCCAUCCUCAACGAGUUCACCGGUACCGCCGACCCUGACGACUGGCCAGCUGGUGAUGUCAAAUACCAUCUGGGCGCCAACUACGUGCGGCCAACGCCAUCAGGAAAGCAGGUCUCGCUCUCCCUCGUCGCCAAUCCGUCGCACUUGGAAGCGGAGGAUCCUCUUGUCCUCGGCAAGACCCGCGCGCUGCAGCACUUCGAGAACGACGAGUCCACUCACACAACAGCCAUGGGCGUUCUCUUGCACGGUGAUGCCGCUUUCGCUGGCCAGGGUAUCGUAUAUGAGACCAUGGGCUUCCACAAUCUUCCCCACUACGGCACGGGAGGAACAAUCCACCUCAUCGUCAACAACCAGAUCGGGUUCACCACCGAUCCUCGCUUUGCCCGCUCGACGCCUUACCCUUCCGAUAUCGCGAAGAGCAUCGACGCCCCCAUUUUCCACGUCAACGGUGACAACGUCGAGGCUGUCAACUUCGUCUGCCAGCUCGCCGCGGACUACCGCGCGAAAUGGAAGAAGGAUGUCGUCGUCGACAUCGUGUGCUACCGUCGCUACGGUCACAACGAGACGGAUCAACCCUCAUUCACCCAGCCCCGGAUGUACAAGGCGAUUCAAAAGCAGCCGACCCCUCUCACCAAGUACACCAAGUUCCUCAUUGAACGAGGCACCUUCACGGAGAAGGAUAUCGCUGACCACAAGAACUGGGUGUGGGGCAUGCUCGAGAACGCUGCCAAAGCGGCUAAGGACUACGUCCCGACCAGCAAGGAGUGGCUAUCCACCUCUUGGCAGGGAUUCCCGUCACCGAAGCAGCUUGCGGAGGAAGUGCUGCCGCAACGACCCACUGGUACAGACGAGAGCACUCUGAAGCGCGUAGGCUCUGCCUUGGGCUCAUUCCCCGAGGGCUUCACUGUCCACAAAAACCUUGCUCGUAUCCUCUCCGGCCGUGCCAAGGCUGUCGAGCAAGGCGAGGGUAUCGAUUGGUCGACCGCUGAGGCGUUGGCCUUCGGUUCGCUUGUUUUGCAAAAUGUCCACGUGCGCGUCUCCGGCCAAGAUGUCGAACGUGGAACGUUCUCCCAGCGCCAUGCCGUUAUCCACGACCAGGAGAAUGAGCAGCAAUAUGUCCCCUUGAACAACUUGGGCUCCAACCAGGCUCGCUUCGUCAUUUGCAACUCGUCCCUCUCCGAGUACGGGUGCCUCGGCUUCGAGCUCGGGUACUCCCUGGUUAACCCCAGCUCACUGACCAUUUGGGAAGCGCAGUUUGGUGACUUCGCCAAUAACGCGCAGUGCAUCAUCGACCAGUUCAUCGCCUCUGGAGAACGGAAGUGGCUGCAGCGCACUGGCCUCGUAAUGAGCCUGCCGCACGGCUACGACGGCCAAGGUCCCGAGCACUCGAGUGGAAGGAUCGAGCGUUUCCUCCAGCUCUGCGACGACCAUCCCCAUAUCUUCCCCUCUCCCGAGAAGCUCGAACGCCAACACCAGGAUUGCAACAUGCAGGUUGUCUACCCCACAACACCGGCGAACUACUUCCACGUCCUUCGUCGCCAAGUGAAUCGCGACUUCCGCAAACCCCUCAUCGUGUUCUUCUCGAAAUCGUUGCUGCGUCACCCGCUCGUCAAAUCCAACCUCUCCGAGCUUUCGGGUGAAACGCACUUCGAACGGUACCUCCCAGAGCCCCACCCUGAGGCUUUGGCACCACCAGAGGAAAUCCGUCGCCAUAUCUUGUGCACUGGCCAGGUCUACUAUCAUUUGCUGAAGGAACGCGAUGAACGUGGCAUCAAGGACAUUGCUAUCAGCAGGGUGGAGCAAAUUUCGCCGUUCCCUUACGAUCUCUUAACUCCCCACCUGGACAAGUACCCGAACGCUGAACUGCUCUGGUGCCAGGAGGAACCAUUAAACAACGGCGCUUGGACAUACGUAGGGCCUCGCAUCCAGACCGCAGCGAACGAGACCGAGCACCACAAGGGCAAGUACCCCUCGUACGCCGGACGUCCUCCUACCAGCUCCGUCGCCACCGGUAGCAAGGCCCAGCACAAGAAGGAGAUCGAGGAUUUCACCAAUGCGGCGUUGAAUUGA